GGUACUUCUACUUACUACUUAUUACUGAGGAUAUAACAAAGACCUUGAAAGCUGCUUUUUCAAGCGUCAGGUAGCAGAACGCUUUGUCAAUCGGGGAGAUGGACAUACACAACCUACCAAAGAUAGUAUUGAUUGUGGUUUUCCUAGUGCUGCUGCACCCAAGUGGAUCAAGAAGCCAAUGGGUACUUCAGCCACCUAUUGUCACUCGUCCGCUUUGUGCCUCUCAAUUUACACUUGUGAAUCAUGCAUGUUCAUUGCUUCCAUACACUCCAGGGCCUCCACCAUCUCCACCAUCACCUCCUCCACCACCGCCGUCACCUCCUUCUCCUCCAGAGAGAAGACACAGACACAAGCAUGGACGACACCACGUUCAUAAGGAAACUCCUGUAGAAGAGGAGUGCUGUAGGUGGAUGAAACAAGUCGAUAGUGAAUGUGUCUGUGAUCUGCUGGUUCACUUGCCUCCUUUCCUUUCUAGGCCUGUACACCAGUAUAAUGUUGUGGUUGAUUCAUCUUGCAAUGUUACUUUCGAGUGCGGUUCGAGGAUAAAGUUUGAAACUCAAAUGUUACCCCAGUUUCCCUGAUGCCCCCCAUCUCACAAUAACCUUUCACAGGAAUUAUGGUAUACUGGUGUUUGUUUAUCUUUGUUAACUAUAGCUUCUUGAAAUUGAAAAAAAAAAA